AUGGGGAAGCUGGUUUAUUCGUACAAAACGGUCAUCAGCGGCUUUGCAGCUAGACUGACAGAGGAGGAAGUGCAGGCCAUGAGAACGAAGAAGGGGUUUAUCUCAGCACAUCCUCAAAGGAUACUGUGUAAACAGACAACACACACUCCUCGCUUCUUGGGGCUGCAACAGGAACUGGGAAUUUGGAAAGAAUCAAAUUUUGGAAAAGGUGUGAUAAUUGGCGUGCUGGAUGGUGGAGUUUUGCUUGACCAUCCUUCAUUCGGUGAUGAAGGAAUGCCACCUCCACCGGAAAAAUGGAAAGGAAAAUCUGAAUUUACAGCCUGCAACAACAAAAUAAUUGGUGGAAGGUCCUUCAAUAUUGAUGGAAAUAUGACCAAGGGAAAGGGGGUUGAGCCACCUAAUGAUGAAGAUGGACAUGGGACUCACACAGCUAGCACUGCUGCAGGUCGGUUUGUAAACUAUGCUGAUGUGCUGGGAAAUGCCAAGGGUAUGGCCGCAGAGAUGGCACCACUUGCUCACCUGGCAAUUUAUAAAGUAUGCUUCGGAGAAGACUGUGCAGAGAGCAACAUACUAGCUGCAUUAGAUGCUGCUAUUGAGGAAGGUGUCGAUGUGCUUUCACUUUCUCUCGGGGAAGGAGGAGUUCCCUUUUUCCAGGACAGCAUAGCCAUAGGCGGAUUUGCAGCAAUGAAGAAUGGAAUAUUUGUUAGUUGCUCAGCUAGAAAUUCUGGCCCUUCCAACACCACAUUAUCAAAUGAAGCCCCAUGGCUUCUCACAGUGGGAGCAAGCACCAUAGGUCGAAAAAUCGUAGCCACGGCAAAGCUUAGAAAUGGAGAAGAAUUUGAUGGAGAAUCCAUUUUCCAACCCAAUGACUUUCCUUCCAAGCUGUUGCAACUUGUUUAUGCCGGCAUGAAUGGUAAACAAGAGUCUGCACUGUGCGGGGAGGGAACAUUGAAAGGUAUAGAUGUCAAAGGCAAGGUGGUUUUAUGUGAAAGAGGAGGUGGAAUAGCAAGAAUUGCUAAAGGACAGGAAGUGAAAAAUGCUGGUGGUGCAGCUAUGAUUCUUAUGAAUCAAGAAACCGAUGGCUUCAGUGUUUCAGCCGAUGUUCAUGUUCUUCCAACAACCCAUGUAAGGUAUUGUGCUGGGUUGAAGAUAAAAGCUUAUUUAAAUUCAACAGCAGCACCUACAGCAACAAUCUUAUUUAGAGGAACCGUCUUAGGAGACCUGUCAUCUCCCUCUGUUGCUUCCUUUUCGUCAAGAGGCCCCAGCCUGGAGCCUGGCAUCCUGAAACCGGACAUUAUAGGCCCUGGCGUGAAUUUUCUGGCAGCAUGGCCAUUUCCUCUUGACAAUAACAUUAACUCAAAAUCCACUUUCAAUAUAAUGUCUGGCACAUCAAUGUCAUGCCCUCAUCUCAGUGGCAUUGCAGCCUUACUCAAGAGCUCUCAUCCUACUUGGUCACCAGCUGCCAUUAAAUCUGCUAUGAUGACUUCUACUGACCUAUUCAAUAUCGGAGGCAAACUCAUUGUCGAUGAAACACUUCAACCAGCCGAUGUGUUUGCUACCGGUGCUGGCCAUGUUAAUCCAUCCAGGGCAGAUAAAACAGGAUUGAUUUAUGAUAUCCAGCCAGAUGAUUAUAUUCCAUAUCUUUGUGUUGGCUACAAAGAUGAGGAAGUUGGUAUAAUUGCACAUAGAUCAGUCAAGUGCUCAGAAAAACCAAGUAUACCGGAAGGAGAGCUAAACUAUCCUUCAUUUUCCAUCAAACUCGGACCAUCUCAGACAUACACAAGGACUGUGACAAAUGUUGGUGAGGCAAAUUCAGCCUAUGAAGUUAAGGUUUGGGCCCCAAAAGGGGUUGAUGUGAUUGUGAAGCCUAGUACACUAUACUUCACAGAGCUAAACCAGAAGGCAACUUACUCGGUAACAUUUACUCGAGUUGGUUCAACUUAUAAAACAGGUGAAUACACUCAAGAGUUCAUCAAAUGGGAGUCUGCUAAAUACUCUGUUAGGAGCCCAAUCGCAGUAAUGUUUGAGUAA